CCACCCCUCGCCGUUUGAAAAUGCUGCCCAGGCCGUAGGGCCUACGGCGGCCACCUUACCCUCCGGCCGGCGGGGGAAGCGACUCAUGGAGCGGUCGUGAGGCUGCAAGUUCUUUACUGCCAAAAUGACAUCAUAUUCUACUUCUGCUCAGUGUUCCACUUCUGACAGUGCUUGCAGGAUCGCUGCAGAACGAAUCAAAAAGGUACGACCAAAACUGCCACUGUUGAAGAUCUUGCAGGCAGCUGGUGCACAAGGUGAAACGUUCACUGUUAAAGAGGUCAUGCACUAUCUCGGCCAGUACAUAAUGGUGAAACAGCUCUAUGACCAAAAGGAGCAGCAUAUGGUACAUUGUGGUGGAGAUCUGUUGGGAGAGCUGCUGGGACGGGAGAGCUUUUCUGUGAAAGAUCCAAGCCCUCUGUAUGACAUGCUAAGAAAAAAUCUUGUCACCUUACCUACUGCUACUACAGAUGCUGCUCAGACUCUCGCUCUCGCACAGGAUCACAGUAUGGAUAUUCCAAGUCAAGACCAACUGAAGCAAAGUGCAGAGGGGAGUUCCGGUUCCAGGAAAAGAGCCGAAGAACGUGAUAUUCCCACACUGCCUACCUCACAGCAUAAACGCAGAAACUCUCAAGAAGAUGAAGACUUGAUAGAAAAUUUAACCCAAGAUGAGACAUCUAGGCUGGACCUUGGGUUUGAGGAGUGGGAUGUAGCUGGCCUGCCCUGGUGGUUUUUAGGAAACUUGAGAAACAACUAUACACCUAGAAGUAAUGGCUCCACUGACUUACAGACAAAUCAGGAUAUAGGUACUGCCAUUGUUUCAGACACUACAGAUGACUUGUGGUUUUUGAAUGAACCAGUGUCAGAUCAGUUGGGUGUUGGAUUAAAAGGUGAAGCAGUUCUUAUUGAACAAGCAAGUGAAGAAGUAGGGAAAGUGAGUGACAAAAAGAUGAUUGAAGUGGGGAAAACUGACGACCCUGAGGACUCUAAAUUCUUAAGUGAUGACAAUGAUGUGGAAGUUACCUCUGAGGAUGAGUGGCAGUGUACAGAGUGCAAGAAAUUUAACUCUCCAAGCAAGAGGUACUGUUUUCGUUGCUGGGCCUUGAGGAAAGACUGGUAUUCAGAUUGUUCCAAGUUAAGCCAUUCCUUUUCCACCUCUGAUAUCACUGCCAUACCUGAAAGGAAGGAAAAUGAAGGAAUUGAUGUUCCCGACUGCCGAAGAACCAUUUCAGCUCCAGUUGUCAGACCUAAAGAUGUAUAUAAAAAGGAAGAAAAAUCCAAACUGUUUGGCCCCUGCAACUCGGUGGAAUUCUUAGAUUUGGCCCAUAGUUCUGAAAGCCAAGAGACUGUCUCAAGCACGGGCGAGCAAGCAGAUAACCUCUUUGAACAGAGGACAGAUACAGAAAAUAUGGAGGAUUGUCAGAGUAUCUUGAAGCCCUGUAGCUUAUGUGAGAAAAGACCACGAGAUGGGAAUAUUAUUCAUGGGAGGACGAGCCAUCUUACCACUUGUUUUCAUUGUGCUAGAAAACUAAAGAAGGCCGGAGCUUUGUGCCCUACUUGUAAGAAGGAAAUUCAGUUGGUUAUUAAAGUUUUCAUAGCAUAGCUGAAUCAGGGAGUUGCAGAGAAAGAACCAGAGAACCAAGUCAUGUUGAAAGCACCCGUGUUGAGCACCUCUUCCUAGUCGCCUGGCAUCUGUGCAGUGAUUCAUGUCAACACCUGUGUUCCGGAACGUUUUUCUUCUAAACUGGUGUGGGACUUGAGAAUUCUUUAGAACUAGAUAAUCAACUUUGGGGGUCUCACUAACAGAUACCUAAGAUCCACUUAAGAUACGUAAGUCAUUUCAUUCUUCCUCCAAAGAUUAGGGUUUGGGAGGGAACCACCUACCAGCUCAAACAGAAAAAAAUCAUUCAUUCAUUCACUUACCAGAUUAUUUAAGAAUUAAUCCUUUCCUUAGUUGAUUUAAUCCUUACUCUUUUGUUGGGGAAUGUUUUUUUGUUGUCAGAAUUCAAGGUUGGAGGAGCAAAUGAUGAGAAAUAUCCAUGACUUGGCUGGUUCAAAUUGGGAAGGACUGUGUGUCCCUUUGUUAUAGUUGGAGUACAUGUCUCAGAAGCCACAAGAGGCAGUGUUAACAAGCAAGGGACUUCUUCCA